AUGGUCAGCACCCGUUCAACAGUGCAGAAAUUGAUUCCACUUGAUCCAGAACUUGAGCAGAAUUUAAGGAGGAGGCGCAGAGAGCAAAAUUUGCAGCGGGUUCGUCCUCUGCAGGAGACUUUUCUGCAAUCAGACUUUGACCUGCACAACAAAGAAAAAAUGGCGUUUGUAAUUCCAGAGGCAGGUCUGCCCCUGGGUGAUUCACUGACAGCCCAUAUAACAAAUAUACCCAGUUGCAUUACAUAUCCGACAGUGGAGGAAGGGACUGCAUUUGAAAUAAAACAGCACAUGUUGAAUAUUCUACCUACGUUUCAUGGGUUAUCAUCUGAUGAUCCUAACAUGCACAUUGCAGAAUUUUUAAUGGGGUGCAAAAACAUUUUGGUGAGGGGAUUUUCAGCUGAAUCUAUUAAGUUGCGGUUAUUUCCAUACACUCUAAAAGAUCAGGCAAGGAGAUGGCUCCUCACACUCCCAUCAGGAAGCUUUACAACUUGGGCCCAACUCAGUGAAAAUUUUUUAAACAAGUAUUAUCCGGCUUCUAAGACCCUUGACAUAAGAACACAGAUUUUAUCUUUCGCCCAAAAACCGAAUGAAGAGUUUCAUGAGGCGUGGGAGCGAUUUAAGGAGUUGAUUAGAAAAUGUCCACAUUCGGGUAUUAACACUACUGAUCAAAUGCACAUAUUUUUCAGAGGGUUGAAUAUGACUACAAAAACUCUUGUCAACGCAUCAUGCGGAGGUAAUUACAAAGACAAAAAUGCACAAGAGGCUUGUUUGUUAUUUGAAAAAAUGGCAGAAGAUACUCAGCAGUGGGCAGUGGAGCAGCCACAAUCUAGGUUCUCAAGGUUGCUGUACAGCAGUCCUUUACAAUCUGCCUGCAGCAUUUGCAGUUUGACAAAUCAUGAUUUUUUGAGCUGUCCACAUAAAGAUGCUUAUCCGGAGUUUAUGGCGGAGCAGGUUAAUUCAUUCAAUAAUUUUCAACGUCCCAGAUAUGACCCGUAUUCAAAUUUCUACAACCCAGGUUGGAGAGAUCAUCCUAAUUUAAAGUGGGACAAAGAUCAACACACUAGGCCUCAAUUUCAACAGCAGGUACCACAACAUGCUGCACCUAAGGCUGCUUGGGAAGUUGCAAUUGAAAAAUUAGCAAAUACUACCAGUCAAGAAAUCCAAAAUCUGCAUGCAUCAAUGAAAAAUAUGGAAAAACAAAUUGGGCAAAUUGCUUUGCAGGUUUCAGAAAGGGCACCAGGUUCAUUUCCUAGUCAAACAGUACCUAAUCCAAGAGGACGAGAGGAAUGCAAUGCUGUACACACUUUACGGUCUGGCAAAAGUUACAUCAGCAAACAUGAAAAUUCUGUUGAAAAUUCGCAGGCAGCAGAACUGCCUCAACCUAAAUCUGCAAAUUUUGCAGAUUCUGAAAUUUCUGCAGAUUCUGGGCAGUCUCAAGAAAGAUCCGAAAAUACUGCAGAAGCUACCACAAAAACUGCAGAACGUGUUUAUGAGCCUCCUAUGCCCUACCCAGAAAGGUUGAAGCCUAAAGCUAAAGAUCAACAGUUGACAGAUUUUAUGAAAACUCUGGCUAAGGUUCAAAUUAAUCUUCCAUUAAUUGAUGCAAUCAAGAACAUUCCAUCUUAUGCCAAGUUUUUGAAGGACGUUUGUACAAAGAAAAAGAAGCUUGUGGAUUCCGAAAAAGUGAUUCUAACAGAACAGUGCAGUGCGGUCUUAUUGCAUAAAUUGCCUCCAAAGAAAAAAGAUCCAGGGAGUUUUACUAUCUCUUGCACCAUUGGAAAUUGUGAUUUUAGUAGUGCUUUAAUUGAUUUAGGUGCUAGUGUAAACUUAAUGCCAUAUUCUGUUUUCAAACGUCUAGGUGAAGGGGAGCUGAAGCCAACCUCCAGUAUUAUUCAAUUGGCUGACCGUUCAAUUACCUACCCUAGAGGAGUCAUUGAAGAUGUUAUUGUGAAAGUUGACAAUUUAUAUUUACCGGCUGAUUUUAUGGUGUUGGACAUGGAUGAGGAUUUGACAACGCCCAUUAUUUUGGGCCGCCCAUUUCUGGCAACAGCCCGGACUCUUAUUGACGUUGAAGCCGGAACAUUAACAUUCCGGGUUGAAGAUCAAACUGUUGUUUUCAAGUUCUUUGAAGCAAGCAUACAUUCAGGUGACGAGCAAGAAUGCAUGCGUGUUGAUGCAUUGGAUGGUUUACCAAGUGCCAAGUUUAUGAACAGAUCAUCAACUGACCAUCUGUCCAUAAAGCCUCCAAAUUUAACUCGUGAUUAUUUCAAGACAUUUCCAGGGAAACAAGAGUCUCGAUGGAAAGGCCCUUUUCUGGUUACAAAAGUUUUUCAGAAUGGUAAUGUGGACAUUAAGGCUAAGGGCACAGAUUUCUCAUUGAAGGUGACCAAACAUCAACUAAAACCAUGCAUAGAGAAAUUUGGUGUAGGCGAGUUUUUGACUCUGAAGGCACCAAUGAUCUAG